AUGCAGGUAGGAAAGAGAGAUUUAGAGGACGUUAAAGAGGAGGAGAAUCAGUUUGGGAAGAAGCAGAAUACGGUGACUACUAACCGUAGAGAAUUUACGACCAUUAUUGUUCGCAACCUACCAAAGAGUUACAAUAAUAACAAGGUACGGAAGUACUUCCAGGCAUGUGGUAUUAUCAAGCAGGUCGAUGUUGUUCUAGCUAAAGACGGGAAGUCUAAACUUGGCAGAGUUGAAUUUAACAGUUAUGAUGGUGUGUUAAGUGCGCUUACCAAAACUUUUAAAUUAAUUGGUAGCCAUGAAAUAACUGUGGAACAUUUAGAGAAUAUGACGCUUUGGAUAACCAAUUUCCCCCCAUAUUACAAUGUAACUGAUUUGAGGAAUUUGUUGAAUAGUUUUGAAGGUUGCUGUUUGAAUGUAAGAUUACCGUCAUUGCGGUUCAAUUCAGAUAGAAGAUUUGCUUAUGCAGAUAUGGAUUCCCAGGAGCAUGCUACAGAAAUAGCGGAAGAAUUAAAUGGUAAGGUUAUAGAGGGGUUUAAAAUAGUUAUAAAGAAAUCUAAUCCACUUGAAAAAGACUUUAGAACGGAUGCUGGCACCCGGGAAAGAAGAGAGAUAUAUAUCUCUCAACUGGAUAGUGAGCGGGUGACUGCCGACAAAUUAAGAGCACUAUUUACUCAAUUUGGGACGAUAGAAAGCAUAAAUAUACCGUCAGCUAAUCAUAACGAGUUUGCAAACCAUAAAAAAGGGUUUGCAUUUAUAAUGUACGAAACGGAUAAGGCUGCAAGCGCCGCUGUAUCCUUGAAUAAUACCGAAUUUGAGGGCACAAAUAUUAUCGUUUCAAUUGCUGAUAGAAAGGCAUAUUUAGAGAGGAAAAGGGUGAAGCAAUUAUUAAAUUCCAAAAGUUCAAAAGAUAAUGUUAUCAGUUUGUUUCCGUUCUCAGACAAGGUUUCCAAGUCCCAAAUACAGAGAAUUAUAAAGGAUCAUGCGUCGUUUCUUCAAAAUGAGAUGAUAAAGGAUAUAUUUUUGGUUACAGAUCAUGAAGGUGCAUUGAUCUUGCUUAAUGAUGAAAAAAUUGCAGCAAAAUUGAUUCUGGCCUUGAACGGGUGUAAAUAUGCAAGUAGGACGCUGAAAUGUGGCACAAUCAAAGAAUUAAGCAGACAUUAUCCUUCCAUAAAUGAUUCUACUAGAAAGACGAGGCCGAUCAUACAAACGCAGCCUAGACCUUCAAUUGAAACAUCAAAUGAUAAGAAAAUGAACAACGAGGAUUUCCGGAAGUUGCUGUUGCAAAAUGAUUAG